AGCCGCGGUACCUUCUUCCCUGGAUAAAAGGCCGGCAAAAGUUCUGCAAUUUGCGCAUAAACCUUAAAAAAAAAAACCUUUAUCCAUCAGAUUCUUCAAAGGAAACAUAUUUUUGCUGAAUUUCUAGCCCUCGUAUGGCGGGCAGGGGCCGAUGCUUCAAGCAGCCCAGGCGUGCGAUGCAUGCCGAGAUCGGAAGAAACGGUGCGACAAGGCCUUGCCAACGUGCUUUGAAUGCAAGAGGCGUGGAGUAGUAUGCCUGUACAGUCAGGAAGUCGAGGAACGCGGAAUGAUUGAAUAUCUACGACAGAGGUUAAAAUAUGUCGAAAAUGCCGUCACGGACGAGCAAGCUGUGAUGGUGACAACUCCAACAGAGACAACGCAACUUGUCCCCUUGAACAUGGUAUUCAAUAUGAAGAAAUGGUACUUUCCCAUGUUGCUCCACUUCCGAUUUCACUCCAUGGUCCCGAGUAUUAGAGAAUUGAACCAAGGUAGUGCUGCGUAUAAAUUGCGAACAGCAUGGGUGACUGGCUACCUGACCGAUCCAGCUAUGUUCCAUGGGGUCAUGUAUGCCGCAUCUGCAAAUCUCGACCUCAUCAAUGGAGAUUUUAAUAAUCCAAUAACCACUUUUCAUCGUGUAGAAGCCAUCCGAUUGGUGAACAAGGGGUUAUCGAAAGUAGAAGGGGGUGAUGACUUGCCGCCAGCGAUAAUUGCGGCCACCUGGGCCUUGGCCCAUGUUGCGAGACUCAAAGGCGAUAUAUCAGAAGCACAUCUUCACGAAUCUGGACUUGCGCAAAUGGUUCUAUACCUGACUCUGGAUUUCAUUAAUGUGUGCCAGCCGCCCUUUUUUGCCCAACCGAGGAGAUCACUUCUCUCGACUGCAUUAGAAAGUCUGUUUCGACGUGGCUCUGAGAAAGUACAAAUAUCCGCAGACAUUAUCUCACUUCUGCAGAUAAUUAGUGACCCAAAUCUUGGACAACCUCAACGACAGGAUCCCCACAACCAAGACUUGCAUAGUCCUUCUCCACAUCAUGAUUACGAACCUAUUCUAAUGCUUCUUUGGGUGGAAAGGCUAGCUUCGGUGCAACAUCGCAACUAUAUCUCUGAGAGCUGCUGCUUGGCUGCUAUCAUUUACUGGAGAGCUCUCUCAGCGAAUAUUCCAUUUCUUUCACCCGAAAAUGAUAAAAUUGUGCAGGAAAUUCAGACCGCGCUACGACACAGUGACUCGGAAACCUGGAUGGAGGAAGCCCCCGAAAUGCACCUUUGGGUGUCAUACGUUGCCGCUUUGGCUGCUGCAGAUAAAGCGCAACGGGCCUGGUUCGUAGCGAAGUCCAAGAUUUCUGUCGUCGUGCUCAGUCCGAAUCAAACCUUUCACUUCCAGGAUGGAGUAUCGCAUCUUUUAUGGUUGUCGAGGUAUCUGCGAAAGCGAUUUCUAAUUUCGCGAUAAGGAUUCAGAUGCUCUGGGAACUCAUCAAAAUCGGUUUCGAGCCACCACUGUACAAAAUCAUCAUCCUCCAUCUCAUCAUAGAGAACAUAAGCCUUUCUUCAACCUGGGCCGAUUCGCGUGAUCGUUGUCGAAGAUAGUCUGGAUCAAAGGUAUCAAGUGUCUGCUGGCUGUCAGAGAGGUUAGUGGCCUGCUGAUUGUUUGAUACGGUACGAUGGUGCCGGGAAUAGUUGCAAUUUCUCAAACCAAUUCCCUCUGGACUAGGCUACUCUCAGCGAUAUAUAUAUAUAUAUAUAUAUGGGCGAUUAAUACAGUUUAUAUAGAUUGACACGAUAUUGUAUUUAUUUC